AUUCUAAUCCGGGUCACAGAAUGGCUAAGGCAGAUUUAAGUGCAGCGUGGAUUUUUUUUUUUUCUCACUUUGCCUUGUGUUUUCCACCCUGAAAGAAUGUUGUGGCUGCUCUUUUUUCUGGUGACUGCUAUUCAUGCUGAACUCUGUCAACCAGGUGCAGAAAAUGCUUUUAAAGUGAGACUUAGUAUCAGAACAGCUCUGGGAGAUAAAGCAUAUGCCUGGGAUACCAAUGAAGAAUACCUCUUCAAAGCGAUGGUAGCUUUCUCCAUGAGAAAAGUUCCCAACAGAGAAGCAACAGAAAUUUCCCAUGUCCUACUUUGCAAUGUAACCCAGAGGGUAUCAUUCUGGUUUGUGGUUACAGACCCUUCAAAAAAUCACACCCUUCCUGCUGUUGAGGUGCAAUCAGCCAUAAGAAUGAACAAGAACCGGAUCAACAAUGCCUUCUUUCUAAAUGACCAAACCCUGGAAUUUCUAAAAAUCUCUUCCACACUUGCACCACCCAUGGACCCAUCUGUGCCCAUCUGGAUUAUUGUAUUUGGUGUGAUAUUUUGCAUCGUCAUAGUUGCAAUUGCACUACUGAUUUUAUCAGGGAUCUGGCAACGUAGAAGAAAGAACAAAGAACCAUCUGAAGUGGAUGACGCUGAAGAUAAGUGUGAAAACAUGAUCACAAUUGAAAAUGGCAUCCCCUCUGAUCCCCUGGACAUGAAGGGAGGGCAUAUUAAUGAUGCCUUCAUGACAGAGGAUGAGAGGCUCACCCCUCUCUGAAGGGCUGUUGUUCUGCUUCCUCAAGAAAUUAAACAUUUGUUUCUGUGUGACUGCUGAGCAUCCUGAAAUACCAAGAGCAGAUCAUAUAUUUUGUUUCACCAUUCUUCUUUUGUAAUAAAUUUUGAAUGUGCUUGAAAGUGAAAAGCGAUCAAUUAUACCCACCAACACCACUGAAAUCAUAAGCUGUUCACGACUCAAAAUAUUCUGAAAUAUUUUUCUGACAAUAUAGUGUAUAAAUGUGGUCAUGUGGUAUUUGUAGUUAUUGAUUUAAGCAUUUUUAGAAAUAAGAUCAGGCCUAUGUAUAUAUUUUCACACUUCAAAGACCUAAGGAAAAAUAAAUUUUCCAGUGGAGAAUACAUAUAAUAUGGUGUAGAAAUCAUUGAAAAUGGAUCCUUUUUGAUGAUCACUUAUAUCACUCUGUAUAUGACUAAGUAAACAAAAGUGAGAAGUAAUUAUUGUAAAUGGAUGGAUAAAAAUGGAAGUACUGAUAUACAGGGUGGAAUUUUAUCCUGUUAUCACACCAACAGUUGAUUAUAUAUUUUCUGAAUAUCAGCCCCUAAUAGGACAAUUCUAUUUGUUGACCAUUUCUACAAUUUGUAAAAGUCCAAUCUGUGCUAACUUAAUAAAGUAAUAAUCAUCUCUUUUUGA